AAGAGAUGGACUGGCGCCUACGACGCGUUGGUCGAUGCCGCAGCCGCCGCCAUCCGCGAGCUCGGGUGCACGGUCGCGCUCAUGGACCUCCACCGUUGCCUCGACGCCUUCAGCGAGUCCUGCGACCGAGCCGAGGGCCUCGUCCAGGCCGCCGCUGCCUCCAGCCACCACGAGCUGUGCCGCGCCGUGCGCGCAGUCGACGAGGAUCUCUGUGCCGCCGCCGGCCGUCCGGGAGGAGAAUGAGAUAGAAGAGGAGAAGAAUAGCCCUCCGACCACGCCACUGGCAGCCGAGGACAAAUAGCCCAAUCGAUCUACCUCGUCUCCUGGUGAGGUGAUGUUCAUCGGUCUUGUUUUUUUUCCAUGUGAUGUUCAUCGUUCCUCUUAUUUUCUUGGUCUAUGUGCUAACCAUGUUAGUCAUCUAGAAGAUGAAUGAAACUGUGACGGGAAAGGAGAGAUGGACUGAGAUAUUUUUCCUCGCCAUGUCGCAUGGUGGUCGAGAUGCGGAAGCCCCAUGCUCUGUUUCGAUGGGCCUCCUCUGCUCAAUGGUUGCCGCUGGUAGAGUUUGGUACAGCUUCCUGUUGUUGCUUGCGUCGAACCUUGGGUCCGUCUCUCCUUCUCAUUGAGUUCAGCCUACUUCUCUUGUCGCUAGCGCUUCUUCUCGUCUAUCCUGCUGCUUACCCAACAUGCUUCUGCUUCCUGCCUCAGGUUGUACGAUCUCUUAUGUCGCUGCGCCGUUCAACUCAUCAAGAAAGCGACAACACGAGAUUGUGCCCCCUCUUGCUCCAGAACAAAGUUGAAGAGAUGACUUGGAAUCUCUUGGAUAUGUACUCAUGUACUUCAUACGGGGAAGCCUUCCUUGGUAAGGUCUGAAAGCAGGAACGAGGAAGCAAAAGUAUGCGAAGAUCAGUGAGAAAAAAAUUGCAACAUCAGUUGAGGCUCUGUGUCAUGGGUAUCCUACUGAGUUCACAUCAUAUUUCCAUUAUGGUUAUUGCCGCUCGCUUCGGUUUGGCGACGAGCCUGAUUAUUCCUACCUUAAGCGACUGUUACGUGACCUAUUUAUCCAUGAAGGUUUUCAGUUUGACUAUGUAUUUGACUGGACAAUAUUGAAGUACCAGCAAUCUCAAAUUGCUGGUGCUCUGCCUCGUGUUGCAGUAAGUCUUUCAUGCACUCACCAACCAAAGACAUGUAUAUUUUCAUAUAGCCAUCCAUGUGAAAUUGCGACGUCUUACAUAUAUUCUACAUGGCCAUGGUGCGGGACCUUUUGGGUUGACACCACCUGUAUUGCAGAAUGAUAGUCAAUCUGGUAAUUGGUUUAUUUUGAUCAUUCCUUACGAGUAUUACUAUCACUGUUUUUAGGAAAUAUUGAUGAGUAAUUGGCUUAUAAUAAAGUUACCAGAAAGUUUCUUUGCUUCUAUGGCUAACUUGAACCAGAUGGUCACCGGUUGGUCCUCCUCUUCUCUCCUCGCGCCAUCGUCCUCCUCAUCCAUCUCCCGAUUCAGCCAAGACAACAGGGAUCAAGACUGUAUUAUGUUGAAAAAAGGAAAGAGACUACUCUUUUGUUACUUACAUUACAGAUAUAUGUUAUAACAUUACCUUUAUGCUCUCUUUGGAUUUCAUUUUGUGCCUACCAACAAGUAAGUCACUAAUAUCAAUGCCUAAGAAUUAUUUUGUUUGCCAUUCUAAUCAUGACUGCAGAGAGCAAUGGAUAUAGAAGAAAUAUGUAAACAAUUGUCCCUUAGAAGAAUAUGCAACAACUUAUUCAGAAGAGAGCAAGGGAUAUAUAAGAAAUCUCCAGGCAACUUCGCUUAGAUGCAUCAUCUUCUAGUAGGAGUCAGCUUGAAGAAUGACCUUCCCAGGUUAAUUCUUGAGUCAGUGUUUUGGCUUUUCUCCAUUGGUUCGUAAAAUGUUGUUCCUAUGUUGCGGGAGACUGCAACUGACAUGUUGGAUGCAAGACUGCAACUGACAUACUGGAUGGGGAAUAACCAACUUUUUGGCCAAAGAGCUACAACCAAGGACAAAGAGUUCAUCGCAAGGGGGUGGUGUUUAGGAUAUAUACACAAAAGUGGAAACUUUCUUUUGUACAGAACCAAAUUAUAUGAUGUAAUUGAUCAUUAUUUCUAAGACCUUCUCCUGAACUCAAUAUUCAUCAUGUAUUAAGUGCAUUUUAUUGUGUCACUUUUUUUAGGGGUAGCUUUAUUCAUCAAACACCACAAAG